UGUCAACAUCUUCAUUUUAUUUCUCCUUUAGUUUAGGGCAUAUUUUGGUCGCUUAUUUGUUAAGGAUUUAUAUUCUCUAUAUAUAAUCUAGACAGUUCUUUCAUCAAAACAAUAUGGAGAUUGCAAAGAGCAUGGAACUUGCAACCCUUUCACAUAAACAAUCCAGUUUUGCAGGGCCACCCCAUGAGGCUUUGUUUCUUGUCUUGGCCUACCUUCCAUUAUUUGAACUUCUGUCCAUGAGUGAAGUUUGCAGGUCACUGAGAGAUGCAGUGGAAAAGGAUGUACUCCCAUGGCUAAACGUCAUCGUUGAAAGGCCUUUGAGCUUGAGGUUGUCAGAUGAGAUUCUGAUGAAAAUUGCUUCAAAGGCAAAUGGUAGGCUAAGAACCUUGGUUCUCAUGUACUGUGCCAAAAUUACAGAUGAUGGGCUUCAAAGGGUAAUCGACCAAAACCCUCUUAUCAGUAAGCUUCACAUACCAGGUUGCACUGGCUUAACCCCUGAUGGAGUAAUAAGAGCUCUGCAGAAGCUAUCCGACUGCCAAGAUGGCCUAAAAAGCCUUUGGAUAAACGGCAUUGCCAACAUGAAGAAAGAACACCUCGAAAGGCUUCAAUUUUACCUCCAAACAAACCAAAAACUGCCGCAGAUUCAGCAAACGAGACAGCCUCUCUUAUAUCAUAAUUACAGAAGGUUGCGAGCAUAUAGAUGGGAAGAACUUGGGAGAGUUAUUGAUGUGGAACUUUGUCCCAAAUGCAAUGAAGUAAGGGUUGUAUUUGAUUGUCCUAGAGAGGAAUGCAAAAGGAAGAGAGAGAAUUCAAUGACUGGAUGUAGGAUGUGCAUGUUCUGCAUUCCAAGGUGUGAAGAAUGUGGCAAGUGUGUCGAAAAUGGAGACUUGGAAGAAACCGUUUGUGCUGAUACUCUUUGCCUAGAUUGUUGGAUUCAGCUUCCCAAAUGCAAUUUCUGUAAUAAGCCAUGCUGUACUCAACAUGCCAACAUGCAGAUAGCUUCAACGGGUUCAAUAGGGUGGAUUUGUAGUGUUUGCCAUGAUAAGUCUGAUGAUUUUGAAUAAAUUUGAGAGAUUAUUCGAACA